AUGGAUCCACUGGAAGAGUCUUCCGCACGCGCCGGUUUUCACCCGGUAUAUAUCGGCGAUGUGUUCAAAGACCGGUAUAAAGUACCCAGCAAGAUCGGAUACGGUGUCUAUUCAACAGUCUGGCUGGUUAGAGACCUAAAGCCGGUACAGUCUGGCCUUGAAGAUCAGUUCCGAGCUCUCAAAGUGCUCAGUGCCGAAUGCUAUGAGGGCACAGACUCCCCUAUCUUUGAGCGGGAGAUCUUGGCCCAUCUUCGAGACGGAGAUCAAGACCAGAUAGGCUUCGGCGCCUGGUUUGCUGAAAGCAGGCUUCCGAAUUCAGUGAUGCCGAGGUUCACCAUUCAACUGUUGCUGGUUCUCGAUUUUGCUUACGAACAUAAUGUCAUUCAUGCUGAUAACAUCUUCGUCAAGUUCAGGGACUAUUCCUUGAUAGAAUCCGGUUAUCUGGCCGAUGUUGCUAUUCCUCAACAGGAUCGGUCCGAGGGACAAUACUCCGUCGUGCCCUCGACACACUUACGCCGCUACUACUUCAAUGAAGCUGACAACUGGGGCGUCUCCAGCUGGGCGGACCGACAUCUAAGCGAAACAAUCCAGCCUGUUACCCUCCGAUCACCAGAAGUCCUGUUCCAGGCGCAGUGGGACGCGAGCACCGACUUCUGGAACCUGGGGGCCGUCGUGCUCGAAGUAUUUCAGGCGGUUCCCAUGUUUAGCGGAUUAGUCCCGCCGGACGGUCAUUAUGAGCUCAAGGAGCACCUGGCGGAGAUUGUGGACUUGUUUGGGCCAUUUCCUAAUGGGCUUUUGGCGAGAGGGAAUCAGAACCCGGUCCAAAACCUCUUUGGUGGCGAUGGCCGGAUCAAGGACGCACCGCCAAUGAAUCGGCCGGGACUGGCGUCAGAAGCCUAAGAAGUCAGGGAUAUGUUUGCCUCCUUUCUGCGCGCGAUGAUGAAGAUAAAUCCCGCCGAUCGGGUUUCGGCAGGAGACCUCUUACGACACCCCUGGUUAGAUGCACUUUAGAGAAGUUUCGUUGGAUAGGUUGGCUAGGGAGGAUGAAGAGAACAUUGAACUCCAAUAUUAGUACCACG